AUGGCCUCCUCCAGUAACCCACCCCACAGUCUUGUGGCGUUCACACCCCAAGGUCAAACCAUUCGGCGCUUACCUGGCAGCAAGCCUGUCCCCAACACGGAUGAGACCCCAAUCAACCCGCUGGGGGAUACUCUUAGAUCAUUUGGAGUUUCCAGCUACUUUGAAGCAAACUUGAACCAUACAACCUUCCAAGACGUGGAAUGCAUGAUUGUCGAGCUCACGGCCAAGGCCAAAGAGGAAGAGUCAAAGCACAAGAGGAUCCUCGAGCGCAUCGCCUCUUAUGAGAAGGCCAUGGAGAUCCUCACGUUCUAUAUGAUCUGGGACUACCAAUCCGACAGGAACGAGCCGCACAUGGGAAAGUUCAAGACCAUGGCCAAAAAGCUCAGUAAGGCCCUCAACGAUGAGCCUUUGGCUUUACUCCACGCCUGGGACGUCCUGUUCGACGCUGGGGCGCUUGGCCCCGCUGUCGUUCUACCACUGCCUGGAUACUCUCGCUCUCAGGUGUACAAGGAACUCACCUUUGCAUGCGCCGAUUACUUCAAGCACCUGGGAUCGGAGGCUUUGAAGAAUGUGAUCGGCCGACCCGGGACUAUCCAGGGUAAGCAGUCCACCUGCAGCAAGAAGGAUAUCAAGUCGACCGGCCUCAGAGAGACCGUCAACGUCUGCACCAAUAUCAGCUGUUUCGAGACGUUCCAAGUAUUCUACUACCGCGAGCGCGGGUGCUCCGGCAACAUGCACGGGAUGAAAGCCACGCCUGCACAAGGCAGGGAUCUGUUCAACGGAUGGGUGCGAAUCCGCAACGGUUUAUUGUACCAUAACAGACCGGCUGCCGAAAAGACGGUAGCGGUUUAUCGCGAGGCACUUUACUUGCUGGAGACGCGCGGACCGGCUGCUAUUGAGGAGCUGGAGGAGACGAAGGAGAUGCCCGAUGUUCUUGCGGUGUUGAAAAAGAGUAAGAGGUCUGUUCGGGCGCUUGAAGCUUGA